AUGGACCGGACCGACUCCCAGGAUGCCUUGGGAGGGUCUGGACGCUCCUUCAGGAGGCUGCCCCCAGGGGUGCUCCAGCCCCGGCGCACCCAAGAGUUGGCACCUGUGGCUGAGACCCUCACACUGUUGCCUACUGAGUGUCCAACAGGGAAGCUGUACCAGGGCAAGGGCUCUAUCCCUGUCUCUGCCUAUCACAUGAACCUGGGGGAGUACCAGCUCUCCAACCCCUCCCCCACCCGGAUCUCAUCCCCCGUGAGUCGCAUCGUCAGGCACCCCGACUACAAUGAGAACACGGGCGUCGCCGACAUCGUCCUGGUGCAGCUGACGGAACCUGUCAACUUCAGGGACACCAUCCGCCCCAUCUCCCUGCCGGGCCCCUCCACCCAGUUCCCAGCAAGAGAACAGUGCUGGGUCACGGGCUGGGGCCUCAUCGGAUGGGGCUGUGGAGACAUGCUUCCACCGCCCCAGACACUUCAGGUGUUGCGGGUUCCUCUCAUCAACUCGUCAACCUGCAGAGAACACUUUCGGGACUGCAAACAUCGGAUCCAAGAUGACAUGCUGUGCGCUGGGUCUGAAGUCAAUCGCGAUAGCUGCAAGGGUGACUCUGGGGGGCCUCUGGUCUGUCCAAGGAAUGGCAACUUCCUCUUGGCUGGAAUCGUCAGCUGGGGGAUUAAGUGCACAGUCUCCACACCCGUCCCACCAGGGGUGCACAUCCGGGUCCCAGUCUAUGUCAACUGGAUCCAGAAUGUCACGGGUGACACUGGCCUCUCGAUCGUCUCUCCUGCCGUACCCAGGGCCGGUACUACCCCACUGGGGUCCCUCAGCAAUGGCUUAGUCUGCUCAUGCCUAGUGCCGGCUCUGGCUGUACUGGUCCUUGCUGGGCUCCUGCUGACGGCCCUGUGA